AUGGGUGAAAUAAACAUUAAUCAUGGUGUUACAACAUCGGGUGUAGUGAGGGGUCAGACACUACAUGUGCUCAACAAAACUGUUGACCAGUUUUUAAAUAUACCUUUCGCUGAGCCGCCGAUCAAAAAUUUAAGGUUUGCUAAACCAAUACCUUUGAAAACACCAAUUAAGGGUAUAAUCGAUGGAACAAAACCUGGUAAAACAUGCAUACAAUCGGGUCGAUUAGCGUCAUAUAAACGGCUCAGUGAAGACUGUUUGGUAUUAAACAUAUGGACACCAAAUGCGGGCAAUAAUAACACAAACAAAUCACAACUAAAACCUGUUAUGUUUACCAUAUAUGGCAAUCCUGGUUUAGAUACGGGAACUAUAUUUGUAAUGCAGUCCAAUGGAAGUUACUUAACUGCACAUGGUGUUGUGGUUGUGGCGGCUAAUUACCGAUUAGGACAGUUGGGCUUUCUAUACGGGGAUCGGGAGGACGCGCCCGGAAAUGUCGGCUUUUAUGACCAGUUAUUGGCUCUCAAAUGGGUUAGAGAAAACAUCCACUCAUUUGGCGGAGAUAGGGAUCGGAUCACCAUUUUUGGUGAGAGCGCCGGGAGUUGGUCGGUGUCCGCACACAUACUCUCCCCGCUAUCCAAAGGCCUAUUUAAGAAGGCUAUUAUGGAGAGCGGAUCCGUUAUGUUCGGGAAAGGGAUGGAACCGAUCUCUAAAUCUGAAGCACUAGUUAUGGCCAAAAAUACUGCCAAACAUUUCAAUUGCAGUGAAUCUGAGGAUUGGUUGCAAUGUCUGCGAGGAGUCGACGCCAAAGAGUUUCCCAAAUAUCGGGCCUCGAUAUCAAUCCCAGAAUUUAAUGCACAACUCGGCUUUCGUAAUAUAAACGCACAAAAAGUAACCGACUUUUACCUGAAAUCUGUCAACACUACCGACGAAACAGCGCUUCGUUUAGCUUUCUAUCAGUUCGUCAGUGAUAUGGCAUUGAAUUGUCCGACAUAUCUAUUCGGACAACAAUUUGCACGAAAUAUAGCGACUCAGACCCAAAAUGUCUACUUUUAUGAACUGACUUAUGGACACAGAUCUACAAUCGAGUCGUUUGGUUACGAUCCGGACUCAAUGGCCAUCAAUCACGGUAUUGAUACAACCUAUGUGUUUGGUAUACCUUUGGAUGUACCAUGGUCAUUUUCAGAUAGCGAUUAUGAGUUUAGUCGCUAUGCUAUGAGAUUGUGGACUGAUUUUGCUAAAUAUGGUAAAGCGGACAACAAUUGGCCGAAGUUUUUGACAAACAAUACAUUUAUUAUGAAAGACUUGAAUCCAAUGAAUACGAGCCGAGCCAAUCCGUUGGGAAAGCCGAGGCUCAGUCCCCGCAGCCUCAGCAAAGUAUCUUAG